AUGGAGGAAGAAGCUCCUGUACCUGAAACAGCUCCCACAUUGGGAAAUUUCAGUGGGUUUGGGCUCGGGUCAUCCCCAAACCCGAACCCGGGUGCACCCAAACCGAACCCAUUCGGUGCACCAUUUGGUAACCCGGUAGCUACUCCAUCUCAACCGGUUCCUUCAUUUGCUCCUUCUCAACCUACUGGUGGUCUGUUUAGACCUGCAUCCUUCAACAUUGAAUCUUCACCACCCAUGCAACCUUCACAUCCGUCUCAACAGCCAAAUUUCAAUGCGUUUUCCGGCGGAUUUGGUGGUGGACAGGGGUUUGGGCAGCCGCCUCAGAUUGGGUCGGGUCAACAGGUGUUAGGGUCGGUUCUUGGUUCGUUUGGUCAGUCGAGACAGUUUGGUGCUCCAAGUUCUUUUGGGGGUUCCGGUUUCGGUGCCAGUCAAACUGCUGGUGGUUUUGCCGCCGCUUCGUCUGGCGGUGGGUUUGCCAAUCUGGCUUCCGGUGGUGGAGGUUUUAGUGGUUUAGCCACCAGUGGUGGUGGGUUUGCGGCGGCAGCUACUAGCGGUGGUGGAUUUGCUGCUGCGGCUACUGGUGGUGGUGGUGGAUUUGGUGGUCCCGCAGCAGGCAGUGGUGGAUUUGGUGGUGCUGCGGGUGGUGGUGGGUUUGGUGUUGCUGCAGGUGGUGGUGGGUUUGGUGGUGCUGCGGGUGGUGGUGGAUUUGGUGGUGCUGCAGCGGGUAGUGGUGGUGGAUUUGGUGCUUUUGGGAGCCAAGGUGGAAGUGGGUUCUCUACAUUUGGUAGUAGUGGGGGAACAACACCAAGACCUCCAUCUGAGCUCUUUACACAGAUGAGAAGAUAG